CUUGUGUCUAAAUUUGAUUCUCCCUGCAGGCGCAACUCCAUCCUAAUAGUGAACUGCCUUUCUGUGGCAGCGGCUUGUUUUAUGUUUGUUUCCAAAGCCUGCGAGUCCUUUGAGGUUCUGAUCCUGGGACGGCUGGUGUUCGGCCUGUUCUGUGGUCUGGUCAUGAGCCUGAACCCUCUCUACAUCCAAGAAGUGUCUCCCACCAAGCUGAGAGGAGCCUUCGCCACACUCAACCAGGUCUCCCUGGCCUCUGGCACCCUGGUGGGGAUGGUGGUCGGCCUUGAGGCCGUUCUGGGCACCGAGGACCGCUGGGCCAUGAUGCUGUCCCUGUCUCUGAUCCCAGCUCUGACCCAGUACCUGCUGCUUCCCUUCUGCCCCGAAAGCCCUCGAUACCUGCUGAUCAACCGAGGAGAGGAACAGAGAGCCAAAGCCGCCCUGCUGAGGUUGAGGGACAGAGAAGACGAGGUGUUGGCCGAGCUGCAGGAGAUGAAGGAGGAAGCUGCGCGCACAACCAGCAGCAUCACCAUCCGCCAGUUCAUCGCAAAACGCAGCUACAGACAGCCCAUCCUGAUCGUUCUGACCGUCAACCUGGGCAGCCAGCUGUCUGGAUUCAACGCGAUCAUCAAUUAUUCCACCAGGAUGUUCCAGGCGUCGUUUGAAGACGCCAAAUAUCUGACUCUUGGUGUGGGAGUGGUCAAUCUGACCUUCACCUUGGUGGCAUUCUUCUUGAUGGAGAAAGCUGGACGGAGGAAGCUGCUGCUGACCGGCUUCCUCUUCAUCUCAGCCUGUAACCUUCUCCUGACCGGCGUCGAUUCCCUCCUGCACGUGCUCCCGCAGCUGCGCAGCCUGCAGGUGCUGCUGGUCUUCUGCAUGGUGUCUGCGUACGAGCUGGGCCCCGGCCCCAUCUCCUGGUUCAUCGCCGCCGAGCUCUUCGACCAGCCCGGCAGACCCGUCGCCAUGGCCUUCACCAGCCUGCUGAACUGGGGCGGGAAGUUCGUCCUGGCGCUGCUCUUUCCUCCGCUGCUGAAAAUCUGCGGCGCCUACGUGUUCCUGCUCUUCAGCGCGGUGGCUCUGCUCGCCUUCGCCUUCACCUGGAUUCGUCUUCCUGAAACCAAGGGUCGCACGUUUGACGAUAUCGCAGAGGAGUUCAGAGGAGCGGAGAGUCUCUCUCUGCUGAACAGCACAGGAUUCAACACUUUUACCUGAGCAGCACCUGUAACUGUUGACCAAUCACAGAUCAGAACAUAAGACCCACUCCCACCACCUUCUGAUCCACUUUCAAAGCGUUCCCGGUGGACUUUGGUCGUCUUUGGCCAAAAUAAAAUAAUUUGUCUCUGAGACUGACAGCAACUCCGCCCCCUUUCACUCCCCAUAACUGAGAGCUCUCUGUUUACACACUCUCCCGCUAGCUUACAGCCCCUCGCAUCCCCAACCUAAGAUGGUGUCAAACAGCCGCUACGUACAUUUUGCACGUGUGAAAAUUGGUCACACGUGAACAUACAUGGAAAAAGUGAGAAUUUUUACAGAUGAACCUCGUUAAAACCACGGAAGAAGUACGAAUAAACCACAAAGAACACGUGAAUCAACGUAGAACAUGAACCGCGUGUGAAUAUUGUGCCGUUUAUACGCAAUUCAUUAGGGAUUUGUGCAUCAGUUACAUCAUUUGAACGUGAUAUGUGCGCCGUAUACAUGAUAUAAAAGUCAUACAUCUGUUGUUCAUGCAUGAAAAUGCUGUUAGACUGGAAAGACACAAAUAUGUGUAUACUUCUCGCAAAAAUGUGUGUAUAACCCUUGUGCUAUCUUAGAUGACCCCACCCUUGCAUUGACGUGUUCUCCCUACCAUGACAAAGGUGGAUAAAGAUGGAAAGAUUUCAUG